UCAGAGGAAGGGGGGAAAGCUAAGGCCAUGCACAGCCUGUGCUCUGUGACACACUUCAAUAAAAUGACUGGAUUAGGGAGCUGUGGAAUGUUCUUUUUUUCCAUUUCAUUAUACAAAUGAUUAAUAAUUGAUCACCUUUCCUUGACAUCACCUUUUGUAUUUCACUUGAAUUAGCCAUGAGCAUAGAAAACCGAAACUGAAAGUGUUUCGUCAAAAGAGGCGGAGGCAGCUAAGGAGGCAGAGAUAAAUCAGUAGACAAAGGAAAUCUUUCGUUGAUCUCUCUGAGAAAACACAUCAAGAUGGAGUCCCUCCGAGAUCGAGACGCUCUUAUCCCUCAGCCUCGCGGGAAUCUGCCGAAGGUGUGCGCUGUUGUGCUGGCCGCCGUGGCAUUAGGAAUUGUCGUGCUUCUGUCACAGCAGGGGUUAUUGGGCUGGGUCGCGAUGGCACUGCUGAUUGUGACUCUUGGCCCUCUGGUACAUGGACUUUGUCUGCUGGUAGAGGAGAUGGUGCACCACUCAAACAGGUAUCAAGGCCGAGCACUCGCCAAAAUGCUGCCAGCCUGUGGUUUGUGGGGCAGGAACCUGCUGACCGCAGGGCUGGCAGCCCUCUUGCUGCACCUCACUAGACACACUCUGCCACUCAAAGAUCAGUGGCAACUUUUUGUCCUGGUUCCUGUUCUCUACACAGUCCUAAAAAGUCUUGGGAUCCAGGGUCUGUCGGAGGCGGAGGUGUCAGACAUCUGUGAAUCGAGGAAGAUGAACGUGGCCCACGGCCUGGCCUGGUCAUUCUACUUGGGUUACCUGCAAUUGUUGCUGCCAUGUUUGGAGGAUUCCAUCAUAGCGUUCUGUGCCACGCAUCAGGCCAGCAGUCCCCUCUGGGGUCGCGGCUCCAAGAAGCUCUUCAUCCUCAUUCCUCUUGACACCAACAUCCCUGACAAGCUGGAAGAAGUAGAUGACAACAUCCGUUUUUAUGAUAACCUUCCAAACAAGGAGCUAAACAGGGCUGGGAUCCAGGGCCGGGUCUAUAAGCACAGUGUCUACAGAGUGCACGACGAGCAUGGGAGGGGCCAUGACUGCGUGGUGGAGUAUGCGACGCCUCUGCUGACACUCUACAGGAUGUCCCAGGACAGAGGGGCGGGUUUUGGGGAGCCUGAGCGCAGACAGCAGGUCCUGCUCUUCUACAGGACCCUGCAGGAGAUCCUCGGCCAGUCUCUGGAGUGUCGCAACCGCUAUCGACUCAUCAUGCUCAAUGAUGAGCGCAAAGACGAUCCUCACUUCUUGUCCAAAGCCAUCCUGGGACACUUGGAGCAGCAGGAGAAAGAGGAGUUCUGCCUUGACCCGCCUCCUCUUCAAGAGACCGGUCCACAACCUCGGAUCCCGUAUGCAAACGGGGAGUGGCGCCGUGGAGACCCGAUGAGCAGGGAGCCCACACUCAUGAUCAGCCUGGAGUCGCCUCAACCCCUGAGGGAACCUGUUGAGAACACCGAACAGUGGUGCAGAGGAAAUUAAACGGAACAUAAACACGGGCAUGUAAAGCGGACUGUAGUCAUAAACCUCUCCUCUUUAUUAUAAAAAGAAAAUCUUCUCUCAAUGUCCCAAAGGAUCGGUGACAUCAUUAAGGGAGAUUUUCAUGUGGAUGACACAGUCUUGCUCAGAACACUCGGUUUAUGCAACAGAGUCGCAACAAAAAAAGUAAUUGUGGCACAGCAAAAACUGCAUUAGCUGGGUUUUUUUCUUCAUUUGAAACUAUAAACCUCAAGACCAGCCACAAUUUUAUUGCAGUUUAGCUAUCUAUACUUUUAUUAUUAAAAAGGCUAUACUUUUACACCUAAAAGUCAUUCUUUGUUCUACUCCUUUUCAACAUUCAGAGAUGAAAUUUGACUGAGCAUGUGCAGGGUGACUGCAGAUUCUAAAGUCCUUUUCAUUUCGGAUACUAAAUGUAACACUGCCCAGGACAAAUCUAUCAACAUUCUUAACCAAUAAUCUAUAGCAAAAGUCAGUCCAAGUCUGCCUGUACCUUACUCCGCCCACAUACAGUUAUGCGCUGUGAGAUAACUGUUGCUGUGAUUUGGCGCUAUAUAAAUACAUUUGAAUUGAAUUUAAUAAAAUAAGGUAUGGGGGCAGGCUUAGAAGUUAUUAAUUAAAGUGAGACGACAAUAAUUUGGAAGUAGGCAGAGUAGUUCUUGUACUCUCAUGUUGUUGACAUUACUCAAACACUUUCCUUUGGGUAUAAAAUCAUGGAAAUGUAUUUUCAGCAGUAGAGAUACUUCUUGCACAGGCUGGUCAUUUUUGUGUUUUCAUAUGGUUUCAUAAGGAUUCAGUUCAAGAUUUCCUUAUUCACUUUACACCUUUGAUAAUAACAUUUCAAAUGUCCUUGACUGUUUUCUUUGAAUUGUGAAAAAUAAAUUGGAAACAACUAGAUUGUGUGAACAGAAUGAUUGGGUGGGUUCAGAAACACAGUAGGAAGACUGAUUUUAGCCCCUUUAGCUGACCUAUCCUGGCAUAGUGAGAGGAAGAGAAACCCAUGAAAAGAUAAGGACUUGGCCUUACCAAAAAAAAAAAAGUAAGGACAAGAUAUUAAAGCAGACAUUAAUUAAUUUAAAAUACAAUGCAUUUUUCUGCACUAAAUUUUAAAAAAGUAAAAGAACUUUAUGGCAGUGAGGGGGGAUGGACACUUCUCAGAAGUUUAGAAGUACCAGGAUUCAGAGAAAAGGUGUUGAGAGCAGGACAGUUAAUAUGUAGUCAAGUUAGUAUUUCAAUAAUGUGAAGCAGAGCAAAGGCAAAGCAAACGUUAAUUCAUAUAAAAUACAAUUCAUUUGGUCUGCACAUAUUUUUACAAAUGUGAAAGAACUUCAUGGCAGUGAGGGGGGAAUGGAAACGUCUCAGUGACAGAGAACAUCAGGAUUCAUAGAAAAAAACCUUGGAGAGUACACAAGGCUGUAAAGUUCCAAUAAAGCCUGUUAGACAAAGACUUAUUUUUAUGGCUGUUUAAACAAAGAGGCAGAGUCACAAGACACUUGGCAUCCAGCCUGUUUAUCUGCUAACACACACACACAUACAUAUGUCAUGACUGCAGCUGAAACUGCUCUGCCAGGUUGCAUCAGAUUUGUUUACGGCCUCUUUGUCCCCUUAACAAGGAAGAGGUGACAAAAGGGACACAGAGACUGGAUCCUUUGGUGUAUCAGCAACCUAUUCUGGAUCCACCAUGUGUGUCAUUACAUUCAGCCUAAGAGUGUAAACACGUCUUUGCAGCGUACCAAGGACUAAGCAUUUAGCUCCUUCAGCCGAUUGUUUCUAAUCUGGGAAGGAAAACGCAAAAAAAGAAAAACAGACAUUACAGACAUUCAAAUAUCCUCAUUUAAAGUAAUUUGUAAAAGAAUUGAAACUAUUUAGAAAUAGAUGUAUAGCGGAGGACAAGAGAUAUUAAAACAAAUCAUAUUCAUUACUUAAUUCAUGUAGAUAGACAACGUAGUUGUUACAUUUCUUCCCAAACCUGUUUUAACCUAAUUUAACUUUGACACAUCCUGGCAUGGGGGGCCUGUGACAGCACACUGGACUGUGCCAACUUAAUGAUUAAAUCAGACUGGCAAUAUAAAUAUCUGUGUUUUGAUCACACUCUCUUGUUAGAUAACAUUGUUUUUUUCUUAAACAACAGCAGAUGUUUUACAAGUUAUAAACAGAAUUAUUGACAGCAAACAUGAAAAUCAUGAACAGGAGAGGUUAUGAUAUAGGUAAAAAUAGAUGAGUGCACCUGUUUGGGAAAGACUGAAUGUUUUUUAUACCACAAAAUAUCAAUGGUUGACUUUUCUGGGCUUGAUUAAACAUUAGGUGGUGUGCCGCAAAGGUAAAGGGCAACUCGCAACUAAUUUGUUUUUCUGCAAGGUAAUGUCAGCCAUCAUUACGUUUGUGAUCCGACAGUACAGUUAUGAAAACAAAAGUCAAGAGGCCUACCUCCCACUGGAAAAAAAUGAUGUAAUAAAAUAAAGAAGUAAGUACUGUACUGCCAACAGAUAUAUUUCCACUUUG